UUAGGAUUAUUUAGCUAAUGCUAAUACUAAUACUAAUGCUGUUGUAACCCAGCCCAGCCCACGAAAGUACCAAACUGAAAAAGUGAAUUGCGAAACGAGGGAAAAAAAAAAACUGAAAUGCGCGAAACCAAUGCUAUAAACCCUAAACCUUAUUUGUUUUCUCCGUAAUAAAAAAAUUUUCUUAAGAAAAGGCUUUCCCAAUCCUAAUUUGUUGCUAAUUACUCGUUUUCCCCCGGAGUACUCUUUUUUCUUUUUGGUGUAUUUAAAGCGGAUUGGUUUUGAUGCGUAUGUUUGUUUAAUUUUCUACAUGAGCUAGGUUAGGCUUGUAAUGGGGAGUAUUAAGCGCUUGCCAGAUGCUGUUCGUAGUACAGUGCGUUCUGCCACUAUCUUGUUUGACCUCACUAGGGUUGUGGAGGAGCUCAUUUUCAACAGCCUCGAUGCUGCUGCGACAAAGGUGUCAGUCUUUCUAAGUGUUGGGAGCAGCUAUGUCAAAGUGGUGGAUGAUGGGUCUGGUAUAUCUCGGGAUGGAUUGGUGCUACUGGGAGAAAGAUAUGUAACGUCCAAACUUAACCAUCUUAGUGAUUUGGAUGCUGCUGGCAGUAGCUUUGGCUUUCGGGGAGAAGCUCUAGCUUCUAUAUCUGAUGUAGCUUUGAUAGAAAUAGUAACAAAAGCUUAUGGAAGACCAAAUGGAUACCGCAAGGUGAUAAAGGGGUCCAAGUGUUUGUAUCUUGGAAUUGAUGAUGAUAGGAAAGAUACGGGCACAACAGUUGUUGUGCGUGAUUUAUUUUACAAUCAACCUGUUCGGAAGAAACAAAUGCAAUCAAGCCCGAAGAAGGUGUUGCAGUCUGUUAAAAAGUGUGUAUUCAGAAUUGCUCUUGUUCACCCAAUGGUUUACUUCAAUCUUAUUGAUAUUGAGAGUGAGGAUGAGCUUCUCUCUGUGAAUCCUUCCUCUUCCCCUUUGCCUCUUCUGAUGAGUGGUCUUGGAAUUGAGGAUUGUGCCUGUCUGCAGAAGCUGAAUGCUAGUGAUGGUUCCCUCAAGCUUUCAGGCUACAUAUCUGGACCUUGUGAUGAUUUUACUUCUAAGGCCUUUCAAUAUGUCUAUAUCAAUUCAAGACUUGUCUGCAAGGGUCCCAUUCAUAAGUUGCUGAACAACUUGUCUACUAGUUUCGAGUCUUUACAUCCAGAGAAGGCUAAUAACUGGACCAAGAACGGAAAAAGGAGUAGAUCUCAAGUGGUUCCAUCAUACAUAAUUAACAUUAGCUGCCCACCAUCUUUCUAUGAUUUAACCUUUGAACCAUCAAAGACAUAUGUCGAAUUCAAGGAUUGGAAACCUGUAUGUACCUUAAUUGAGACAGCAGUUCAACACCUCUGGAGGAAAAAUAUUAGUUAUGUUGAUGGAUUAGGACAAGCAGAAACCCUGAAGGAAGAUGUAAAUAUUUUAAAUGUUGCAGAAGAUUUUUUUGAUGGAUCAUCAGUGGACUUGGAAUUUGCAACGAGGAAGAGGACUAAAAAGUAUCAACCAUCUUCUUCAUUGGACAAGCUAACCAUAGAUAAUUUGUUUCAUAUGGACCGUGAAGAUACGCCAUUUGAGGAGUGCAAUGGGAAUACUGCACAAUUUAAAGAUCAGCAGAAUGAUAUGAAGUUUGUUCAUUGGACUGACUAUUCUUUUCAAAGUUUGGGUGAUUCCCUUUCCAAAGGUGGCUCCGUAGUAAACCAAAGGAGUGAUUGGCAUCUUUGGUCAUCUGAUAACAAUAUUUUAGCAGAAGAUCACUUCUUGGAAAAUAGAUUUAUUGCUUCAGGAAGACCAAACUAUCAUGUGAACAACAAUAAUAUAAGUUCAAAGUUAGGUAAUGAAUCCCUCAAGUUUGAGAGUUGUGUGACCAAUGAAACAGUUAGGAGUGUUUUUCCUUUUGAUAGUCGUGAACUUUGCAAUGACAUGCAGUUUAGGAAAAAUAUCAGCAAACCUUUUAUGCAAAGUUGCUCCUUCCAAAGAAACCAGCCACUUGACAGGGAGUUGGUUGAAAGUGACGUAGGAGUUGACUCACCAAUUGAUAGCCUUAAGACAAAAAGGAAGUGGGUCUGCUCAAAUGAUGGCUUCAAUAUGAUGGAAGUUGAUUUCAGUGACCAGACAUUUGAUCACCUUUCAAAGACCGCAUGGCAGGAUGGACCCAAGCUUGUAGGAACAGAUAACAUUCCUAUGGAUUGUGAUGUUUUAAGAGGAGCUUCUGCAAAGUUGUUUCUGUCAUGUGGAGAUGUUUCUGUUGAAGAAAAUGGCCUAGUAUCUGGUUCAGUCAUGCUAGCUGAAAACUUUGCCUCUAGUCAUCAGUUCUUAAGUUUGGGAUUGCGUUCGGGAACCUCAAACCUCUUUGCACAAUUUAGUUAUAAGAAUGCAAUAGAAGGGAGUUUCAGAUCUGAGAAAAGGACUAACUUUGGUCAUUUCUCUGAUGGUGAAGACAAGGACAACCAAUUUGGUUUUGAUCUAAUCUCAAGGGGCUCCAGCCAAGAAAAAUGCAUCCAUGAUUUCCCAAACACUGAACAAGGAAUUGACUAUGCUGAAUCCAGUAGGGAAUUCUCUGAGCACCUUCAACAAGACAAUCUAAAACAUAAAUUUUCUCCAGAACAAUUCAACGUAGUAAUUGAAGACGGAGAUUGGCCUUGUUCAGACUCAAGUAUUAAUGAACAUAAAAGGAAAAGAGAUUGCUUUCGUUAUCAAGAUUUUGGAAAAAACUUUAGUCCUAAAGAAAGAUCAAGAAGAAGCCAGUCAGCUCCUCCUUUUUACAUCCGGAAGAGGAGGUUUAUCUCCUUACAUCAUUGUUUGCAGACGUCGGAGGAAUCUACUUCUAAUGAAGUCCAUGGUCCAUACACCUUUUUAGAGACUGGUGAUAAGAAGCCUCCACAACAUUCUUCUGGUUUGCACAAUCGAUGCUUUGAACCUAAUUUUGGGAAGAAUAGAUCAAAUAUGAAUAACAAACCAGACAAGGUGCAUGGUCCCAUAGUUCAAAAAUGUGAUAAGAUUGAACAACCUUAUUGCCGAGAGGAUCCUGAACUUGUUCCAGUGCAAGGUAUUUCUGUUCUUUCACCAGAAGAAAUACUUGUAUUUAAGCUAUUUCCCUCAUAUGGAAAUCAGGAUCCCCUAAUUUCUGGAACCAAAUGGAGAAAAACAAGGAAUAACAAAUUAUAUGAUGCUGACAAUGAAGAUACUUUACUUGAUAUCGCUUCUGGAUUCCUUAACCUUGCUGCUGAAUCAUUGGUUCCUAAAUCAAUUAGUAAGAAGUGUCUCACAGAGGCCAAGGUUCUGCAGCAGGUGGAUAAGAAAUUCAUCCCAAUUGUAGCUGGUGGAAAACUUGCUAUCAUUGACCAGCAUGCUGCAGAUGAAAGAAUUCAACUAGAAGAACUUCGUCGCAAGGUCUUAUCUGGUGAAGGGAAGUCAGUCGCCUAUUUGGAUACAGAGAAAGAGCUGAUCCUGCCAGAGAUGGGAUAUCAGUUGCUGCACAAUUUUUCUGAACAAAUAAGACAUUGGGGUUGGAUCUGUGACUUUCACACGCAAGAUUCAAGAUCCUUCAAGAAGAAUUUGAACCUUAUUCAGCGUAAGCCAGCUGUUGUCAUACUUCUUGCAGUACCUUGCAUUUUAGGUGUCAAUUUAUCUGAUGUUGAUCUAUUGGAAUUUCUUCACCAGCUUGCUGAUACGGACGGAUCAUCAACAAUGCCCCCAUCUGUUAGUCGCAUUCUUAAUUCCAAAGCAUGCCGAGGUGCAAUUAUGUUCGGAGACUCCUUGCUUCCUUCAGAAUGUUCCUUAAUUGUUGAAGAGCUAAAGCAGACCUCGCUGUGCUUCCAAUGUGCUCAUGGGCGACCAACCACUGCCCCGCUUGUGAAUUUGGAGGCAUUGCAUGGGCAGAUAGCUAAGAUGCAAGUGAGGGAUGAUGAAGGCAGGGAGUUAUGGCAUGGGCUAUGCCGACAAGGAGUGAGCCUUGAAAGGGCCAGCUUGCGGUUAAGAGCAGCUGCUGAUGAAAAACCAAGCUAACGUGUUAAGCUGAAACCACGUCAUAGUGUACUUGUCUAAAGGUGACUGGACCCAUUGUUGGAUUGAUUUUACCUGAUCUCAGCCUGCGAGAAGUUGGGCUUUCAGGGAACCAAAGCAUUAUCCAAGAUGGGUAAUUGACAUUCUUUUUCACCCCAUAAUAAUAAUUGGGUGCUACGAGAUGUGUUAUUUUUCUUCCCUCUAUGAUGUAUUCUCAACUCAUAGGGUGAUGGUAGUAAACUGAAUUUACGGCAAAUUGAACAUAAAAGUAUAUUGCAAACAUUGUACUACAUUUGUAUUUCUCCGUGCAUUAAUUCUUGGUUGUUUGCUCUCUUCCCCAUCUCCCCAAUGAGCAAGUAGAAUCAUUUCCUUGGUAUAA